UAACCGACAUGGCUUUCCUCGGACGUCAUUCAAAACUAACAGCAAGCUAGGAGUGAAGGAGAGGGAGCGUGGACGGAUGCGGACGUUAGAGCGCGUGAGAAAAUGCUCGCAUUAGGGCACAUGGCCUGCUUCCCUUGGCUGCUUCACUGAAUUUGCUAUUCUGAGCUCCAUAGCAUAGAUAUAAGGUUUGGUCCGAUCGAACAAUUUUUCGGUUUUUUGUAAUAAUCCGUCCCCAGUCACCGGAUCACGCACGCACGCGCGGCCAUGAUUCACCGUCGCCGAUAGACCAGAAUCCGGAUCUGGAAAGGCGAAAUCUCGAGGGGCGCAUAAUCAUAUAAUUGUUGGAUUGUUGUUUGUGUUCUAUAUAUGUCUCGGCAGCCAAACUAUGAGUUUCAAGAGUGGUGGAAUAAGCAGAGGGUGGAGGAGGACAAUGGCGUCUUCUCUUCCGGCUCGUCUUCCGGCGCUUCGCCGUCCUCCGCGGAAUCGCAUAGCUUUUUGAAUGUGGAGAUCCGCAGCCCUAGCGGCGAUGGCGCAUUGGACAAGGAACGGACUCGCAGCGCUCGGCAGCUGUCCUGGAUUUACCUCAUUAAAAUCCAGCAAAUCGCCGGCUCAGUCGCGUUCAUCACCAAUAGCUUCAUCUCUAUCGUCCGCACCGCCAAUCGCCGUAUCGCGGCCUCCAGUUCCGCCGCGCCGAGAGCGGAGUCCCGGUUGUAUCGGGUAAUUAAGGUGUUUUUGACGGUCUCCGUGCUUCUGCUACUCUUCGAGCUAAUUGCUUACUUCAAAGGAUGGCAUUUUAGUCCGCCUACGGUGGAAUCCGCGUCGGCCGAGGUUGUGGACUUGGUGGAGUACGUCUACGCUCACUGGCUGGAGAUUAGGGCCAACUAUUUGGCGCCACCAUUACAGGGCUUGACCAAUAUGUGCAUUGUUUUGUUCUUGGUACAGUCAUUAGAUCGACUGGUUUUGGUGCUGGGCUGCUUCUGGAUCAAGUUCAGGGGGUUGAAACCGGUGGCGCAGAUGGAGUACUCGUCGGACUUGGAGAAUGCACAGGAUUAUCCGAUGGUGCUGGUGCAAAUACCAAUGUGCAAUGAACGGGAGGUCUACCAACAAUCAAUUGCGGCAGUAUGUACUCUGGAUUGGCCUAAGGAAAGAAUGCUUGUACAAAUUUUAGACGAUUCUGAUGAUUCAGAUGUUCAAGAUCUUAUAAAGGCAGAAGUACAUAAAUGGCAAAACAAAGGAGUAAACAUCAUAUAUAGACAUCGUCUUUUACGCACAGGCUAUAAGGCAGGGAACCUAAAAUCUGCAAUGGGUUGUGACUAUGUUAAAGAUUACGAAUUUGUUGCUAUUUUUGAUGCAGAUUUCCAACCAGCAUCUGAUUUUCUGAAAAAAACUAUCCCUCAUUUCAAGGGAAAUGAUGAACUUGGUUUGGUUCAAGCAAGGUGGUCUUUUGUGAAUAAGGAUGAGAAUCUGCUAACAAGAUUGCAGAACAUAAAUCUGACUUUCCAUUUUGAGGUUGAGCAACAAGUCAAUGGAUGGUUUGUCAACUUCUUUGGUUUCAAUGGAACUGCUGGUGUUUGGAGGAUCAAAGCACUAGAAGAAUGUGGAGGCUGGUUAGAUCGAACCACUGUUGAAGAUAUGGAUAUUGCUGUUCGUGCUCACCUUUGUGGAUGGAAAUUUAUUUAUCUAAAUGAUGUUAAGUGCCUGUGUGAACUCCCAGAGUCUUACGAAGCAUACAAGAAGCAGCAGUACCGCUGGCAUUCAGGUCCAAUGCAUUUGUUCCGCUUGUGCUUUUUUGACAUACUCCGUUCAAAGGUAAGUUGGGCCAAGAAAGCAAACCUGAUCUUUCUGUUCUUCCUGUUGCGCAAGCUUAUCCUACCAUUUUAUUCGUUCACUCUCUUUUGCAUAAUUCUACCACUGUCCAUGUUCCUGCCCGAAGCUGAGUUACCAGCUUGGAUAGUGUGCUAUAUCCCUGGAAUUAUGUCAGUCCUGAAUAUCCUUCCAGAUCCGCAAUCAUUUCCAUUCAUCGUGCCCUACCUCCUGUUUGAAAACACAAUGUCAGUGACCAAAUUUAAUGCCAUGAUAUCGGGACUCUUCCAAUUGGGAUGUUCUUAUGAGUGGAUUGUUACUAAGAAACUAGGCAGGUCUUCAGAAGCCGAUUUAGUAGGCAUGUCGGAAACUGAUUCUGAACCACUACUGCAGAAUAGUUCCGUCCACAGAUCCUCCUCGGAUUCUGGUCUUGCCGAGCUCAGCAAACUAGAAAUGACCAGAAAAACAAAAAAGAAGAGGAAAAACCGGUUAUACAGAAAAGAGCUCGCUCUUUCGUUUAUUUUGUUAACUGCAGCAUUGAGAAGCCUUUUGACUGCACAGGGCAUUCACUUCUACUUCCUGCUCUUUCAAGGGAUCACUUUUCUAGUAGUCGGUCUGGAUUUAAUUGGAGAACAGGUGAACUAAUCACUCUUUCCUCAUUCCUCUGCACACUGUUUUGGCAUGUAUUCUAUUGAGACGAAAGUUCAGCCUUCGAUAUUAGUCCACAAAUGUCGGACAAUAUUCUUUCUUGGCUGGUAAGGAGUCCAGAUUACAAAACCAUUAUCAUACCUCAAUAUUGGCAGGUGAUUUCUUCAAAAUUUGCAGUGUUGUGUUCAAGAGAUAUGAUAGAGUUGAGUGCCAGUGGGAUUGGCAAUUCAUCUGAUUGUAAUUUAUUAUAGAAUUAUCAUUAUUAUUAUUAUCAUAGGCUGAUAGGCAUACUACCUCUGGCCGUUUGAUAGCUUAUAAAAGUGUUCAUUCUUUACAUUUUUUGGGUUCCACCAUGCCAGUAUCGCAUUGACAGGUUCUGUAGUCUGUACAAUUAUAUAGUCCAAUUUUUUGGGAGAGAGAUAUGGAACAUUGUUAGAUCACUA